AUGGCCAUAGGAAACCACAGCACCAUCACUGAAUUCAUCCUCUUGGGGCUGCCUGGUCAGCCACAGAUUCAGGCCCUGCUGUUUGCGCUGUUCCUGGGGAUUUACUUUGUGACCAUCAUGGGGAACCUGUUGAUGUUGCUGGUUGUCGGAGCUGAUUCUCAGCUCCACACACCCAUGUACUUCUUCCUGAGUCACCUCUCCUUCCUGGAUGUUUGUCUAACAUCAGUCACUGUGCCCAAGAUGCUGGAGACUCUCCUGUCUCAGAGGAAAUCAAUCUCAGUAGAAGGCUGCCUGACUCAGGUAUUUUUUGUGUUUUCCACUACAGGGAUUGAAGCCUGUCUGCUCUCGGCAAUGGCCUAUGACCGCUAUGCUGCCAUCUGCCACCCACUGCUAUAUGGUCAGAUGAUGAGUAGACAGUUCUGUGGGGGUCUGGUGUGGGCCUCGUGGGGAUUGGGCUUUCUGGAUGCUCUCAUUAACACUCUCAUGGCUUGGGAUUUGAACUUCUGUGAGUCUUAUGUCAUGCCUCACUUCAGCUGUGAGCUGCCUUCUCUAGUCUCUCUGUCCUGCUCUGAUGUCUCCUCCAACUUUGCAGUUCUACUGGGCUCCACAGUUCUCCAUGCUUUUGGGACCUUACUCCUGAUCUUUUUCUCUUAUACACGUAUUGUCUCCACCAUCUUGAGCAUCAGCUCCACCACAGGCAGGAGCAAGGCUUUCUCCACCUGCUCCUCCCACUUUACUACUGUGAUUUUGUUCUAUGGAUCUGCUUCUCUUCGCUAUCUUGUCCCAAACUUAAGUUCUUCAAUGGAAUUACUUUUCUCUGUGCAGUACAAUGUCAUCACUCCCUUAGUGAACCCCUUUAUCUACAGCCUGAAGAACCAGGAAGUAAAAGCAGCUCUGAAAAGGAUGUUGCAAAAAGGAUGCUGA